CAUGGACACAAAUGCCCAGAAACACAGAAGAGUGGCCUGAAACUGUUGGUUUGAAGACCGUAAGAAAUGGGUGACUGGAGUUUCUUGGGGAACAUUUUAGAGCAGGUGAACGAGCAGUCCACUGUCAUCGGGAGAGUUUGGCUCACAGUGCUCUUCAUUUUCCGCAUCCUGAUCCUGGGCACGGCCGCCGAGCUCGUGUGGGGGGACGAGCAGUCAGACUUUGUGUGCAACACCCAGCAACCUGGUUGUGAGAACGUCUGCUACGAUGAGGCCUUCCCCAUCUCCCACAUCCGCCUCUGGGUCCUGCAGAUCAUCUUUGUGUCCACCCCUUCGCUGAUGUACUUCGGGCAUGCCGUGCACCACGUCCGCAUGGAGGAGAAGAGGAAAGAGAGGGAGGAAGCUGAGAGGCGCCAGCAAGCUGAGGUGGAUGAAGAGAAGCUGCCCCUGGCUCCAAACCAAAACAAAGGCAACAACCCUGAUGGAACCAAGAAGUUUCGCCUGGAAGGUACUCUCCUGAGAACCUACAUCUUCCACAUCAUUUUCAAAACCCUCUUUGAGGUGGGAUUCAUAGUAGGUCAGUACUUCCUGUAUGGCUUCCGAAUUCUCCCCCUUUACCGCUGCGGGCGGUGGCCCUGUCCCAAUCUUGUGGACUGUUUUGUCUCCAGGCCCACGGAGAAGACCAUCUUCAUUAUGUUCAUGCUGGUGGUGGCUUCCGUGUCCCUCUUCCUCAACCUGGUGGAGAUCAGUCAUUUGAUCUUGAAAAGGAUCCGGAGGGCUCUGAGGAGGCCGGCAGAGGAGCAGCUUGGAGAGGUCCCCGAGAAGCCCCUGCACGCCAUCGCAGUCCCCUCCAUCCCAAAGGUCAAAGGCUACAAGCUGCUGGAAGAAGAGAAGCCAGUGUCCCACUAUUUCCCUCUCACGGAAGUAGGGGUUGAGCCCAGCCCCCUUCCAUCAGCCUACAACGAGUUUGAGGAGAAGAUUGGGAUGGGACCACUGGAAGAUCUGUCCAGGGCAUUCGAUGAGAGGUUACCGUCGUACGCACAAGCGAAGGAACCAGAAGAGGAGAAGGUGCGAGCAGAGGAGGAGGAACGAGAGGAGGAGCAUCCAGGCCCUCAGGAGGAGCCAGGGGUGAAGAAAGCAGAAGAGGAGGCGGGGAGAGAUGAAGUGGAAGGGCCUUCAGCACCUGCUGAGCUUGCUGCUGAUAUGAGACCCCUGAGCAGGCUAAGUAAAGCCAGCAGCCGGGCCAGGUCAGAUGAUUUGACUGUAUGAAGGUGCAGGAUGCGGGGAGCACAUGAAAAGGAAAAGGUUGAAGAGAAAAGGAGAGAUAGAGAAAGAAUCAAAAGAUAUUUUUAAGCAAAGUGCUAAAAUGGCCACUUGAAUAUUAUUUCCUUUUAUGAUUCUCAACUGGAAAGGUACUACCAUGGUAACAGUGCC